ACUACAUGGAAAAAUAUGGUGCCGAGUUCCCUUACAUUCAGAACUUCAGACUACCUGAUAUGCCUGAGAUUUCCCUGCCAGAGACACUGUUCCUGAAUACUGAGGCAAAGGCUAUUUACUACUUCAACAAUGAGCGCUUCACCAUCGUUAUCCCUCUCCCUCUUGGAGGAAAGUCAACAGAGGAGCUUAACUUCCCACCAGCUUUGACCACACCUAGCAUGUCUCUACCCCAGUUUGGACUGGAUAUUGUCUCCAUGGAGAUCCCCAUCCCAGAGCUUGUUGUCCCUGAGAGCUUUACUCUGUCUAUUCCUCUUUUUGGCAAAGCUGAAGUUUACGCUCUGAUGAGGAGCAACCUGUAUGACAUGGAGGCCUCAAUGGCCGCUGGCAAAGAUGUUGUGGAAACUCCAAGCUACUCAGCGAAGUUUGAUGUGAAAGGAACCUCCCCACUUGAAAUCCUUUCAAUAAAGAUUGAAGGCUCAGGAAUGUUGUCCACCACUGAUUCCAUUAAGGCCCAGUUGAAGAGCUUUUUGGCCCAUAAAUUCAUUGAAGCCAGUGUUAGUAUCACUGAGGAUGUAACCAUCACUGACAAAAUCAAUUUGAGAUCAAACAGCAAGAUUGAAGCCACAAGUCCGUUUGGUCUCAAUUUUGCACUAGAGCACACGGGUAUGGCAGGAAUCAAUACUGAAGAAAUCUCUGCAGAUAACAACUUUGAGGGAAUGUUCAAGGCUGGACCUAUGUACGGCAAGACCACUUCGACCCAGUCAGUUACCAUCUUCCCAUUCAGGCCAGUGGCAAAGAUUGAUUCUAUUGUUCAGUUUGACUCCACAAUUGUUAGGGGCCAAAACACAUUUACAGCAUCCCUUGCCAAUGGUGAAUUCUCAGUU